GCACAAGCUGUAUGGUUACGUCAUCUCUCAGAUACUUCUACUUACUUAAAAGUUUAGACAAAUUAGUAGAGUUGAAAGUGUGAUUAUCGAGUGUGUGUGGUUUUUUUUGGUUGCAAUUUACCCCCGGGGUGGACUUUGACUCGCUUUCCCAGCAUGCCUUGCGUGUUGCUAGCGAGAAGGAGUGACUGUGUAGAAAAAUCGGCCGGCCGACGCUUUUCGACAUUCAACCGAGUGCUCGCUCGCUACUAUGCAUUUGAAUAGUUCCAAAUAAGGAUAAACGACAACAAGCGCGGAAGGUGACGUUUGUUGCUCCAGCGAUGCCGCUCUUCGCCACUAACCCAUUCGAUCAAGAUGUUGAGAAAGCAACCAGUGAGAUGAACACAGCGGAAGACUGGGGCCUCAUCUUGGACAUUUGUGAUAAGAUAGGACAGUCACGUAAUGGGCCCAAAGAAUGUCUGCGCUCUAUAAUGAGACGUGUGAAUCACAAGGACCCCCAUGUGGCCAUGCAGGCACUCACUCUUCUUGGUGCAUGCGUGUCCAACUGUGGCAAGAUCUUUCACCUGGAAGUGUGCUCUAGAGAGUUUGCCAGUGAAGUCAGCAACGUCUUAAAUAAGGGUCACCCUAAAGUGUGCGAGAAGCUGAAGGCGCUGAUGGUGGAGUGGGCCGAGGACUUCCGCAACGACCCCCAACUCAGCCUGAUCUCGGCCAUGAUCAAGAAUCUGCGCGAGCAGGGCGUCACGUUUCCCAUGGUGGGCUCUCAGGCGGCAGAGCAAGCAAAAGCCAGUCCCGCCCUGGUGGCAAAGGAUCCCGCCACCUCCUCUAACAAGAAAGAAGAAGAUGACUUGGCCAAAGGUAAAGCUAUCGAGCUAUCCUUGAAGGAGCAGCGGCAGCAGGGCCAGACGUCCUUCUCCGGCCUCUACCCCAGCACCUCGGCACUGAUGCCCGUGCACAAGUCUGACGGGCGCAAGGUGCGCGCCAUUUACGACUUCGAGGCGGCCGAGGACAACGAGCUCACCUUCAAGUCGGGAGAGAUCAUCACCGUCCUGGACGACAGCGACCCCAACUGGUGGAAAGGGGAGACGUAUCAGGGGGUGGGCCUCUUCCCAUCCAAUUUUGUCACGGCUGAUCUCACAGCAGAACCCGAAAUGAUGAAGACGGAGAAAAAGACGGUGCAGUUUAGCAAAGACGUUCAGGUGGAGACCAUCGAGCCGGAACAGGAGCCCGUUUUCAUCGAUGAGGACAAAAUGGACCAAUUACUGCAGAUGAUUCAGAGCGCAGACCCCACGGACAACCAGUCAGACAGUGUUGAGUUGCUACAGCUGGAAGGAGCGUGCAAUCAAAUGGGGCCCCUCAUUGACCAGAAACUGGAGGACAUAGAUCGGAAGCACUCUGAGCUGUCGGAUCUCAACGUGAAGGUGAUGGAAGCCCUGUCGCUGUACGCCAAACUCAUGAACGAAGACCCCGUGUAUGCCAUGUACGCCAAGCUGCAGAGUCAGCAGUACUACAUGCAGCAGCCCCCCGCCGCCACGCAACAGCAGGUGUACCCCGCCGCGACUUCGUACGGGAUGAGUGGCGGCGGCGUGCCCGGUUACAACGUGCCCGUGGAGCAGCUUCAAGGCCAGCAGCCCGUACCCGGACACAGCGAGGCCCACCUGUACAUGGCUCAGCCUGCCGUCUACGCCGCGCCGGGUGGCAUGCCGCCGGCCGACGCGCAGGCCUACUCGGUUCCCGGGACCGGCCCCGCCGCCAUGCAGACGCUGCCUAACUAUGGCACCCCCUCUGGCCAGAUGCCGCCACCCUCCGCAGAGCCUCCUCAAGCCCCCUACUCAGAGAAGGCCUUACUAUAGGCCCCCCCCCCCCACGAACAAACGCUCAUUGACACCAAAAGUCAGCGUAGUUGUGCCAGAUCAAACAUCUCCAAUGUUUAUUUUGACAAUGCUGAAAUCCAAGGUAAGGUUGCCAACCUCCCAAUUCUCCAACAUAGUGAAAAUGAGCACAACGACCCAUGUAUUUUCUGCAGAAUAUUAAACCAAUUACUUACGUAUAUGAGAUGUUAUUCUCAAUUUAAAAAGUUCAAUCCAUUGUAAUAUGUGCUUCAACAGAAACAGCAAUAACAGUCCCGGGUCAAUUUGUCCCAAAGCAUCAGAGGUAAGAAAGAAAAUCUUAAACUAUUUCUUACAUUACAUAAAUUCAGCUAAAUCAUUUCUAGUCAGUUUUUUUUUUUUUUUUUUUUUUUUUUAAAUGAUCAAUUCUAAUCUUGUAUUCAUUGUCUGUGUGGCAAGAGAACAUAUGGGGAUGCGCGCUCAUUACAAAAAGUGAACACCACAUUGUUAUUCCAGAAAUCGGAAUGAUCCCCUCCCUCAUUAGAAGUCCAUAACGGUGUGACUUGUGCUUUUUUCCGAUGUCUGGGAGAAUUGGAAGAGUUGUGCAGCACUGUUAUAUUUAGUUGCACUUUUUUGUGUGUUUUGUUGUCCGGUCAAAACUCCCCAAAAACUAACAGCCUUUGUACUCACACUACUGUGCUAACCGCGUCGUACAAAAGUGGCAUCGACUGUCUACAUUUUGUAUGGGGUUUUUCCAAGUACGGAAAACUGGCACCACUUUUAUUUUUUCGUCUUUUCUGGGGUGAGGUGAGCAAAGCAUGCACAUGGCUCUUGUAAAUAUUGUUAGCACAGUUAGCGCUCAGCCUCAGAGUACUAAGUGGAAGAAGAAAAAAAAAUUAUCCAUAAGUUUCUUUUUCUUUUGUAGAGUAUUUUUAAUUUAUGUGUUGAUUGUUAUGCUAUUUACAAAAUGACGAGAAACGGGGGCAAGAGGAUGUACGUAUUCCGGGAAGAGCGGGACCACGGGUGAUGUUCCGAUUCUGUAAGUUGUACAUUAUGGAAGGAAGAAAAUGUCUUCACGUCGCCGUUUGUGAUCGUCAUAUUGUCGGAUGAGAACACAAACAAACCUCCUUUUGCGCAUUUCAAAGUGAAACUAAGUCAUGAGUUUAAUUCCCUCCCCAUGCCGUGGACCCGACUUUCUUCCACACAAGGCUUACUGGUGUAGAUGUUAGCAAUGACUGGAAAUGAAGUCAUUAACUUGAACUGGAGUUAGUGCAAUCACUUUCGUUUCAUUUUGCCUUGUUAAUUUGUAUGAAAUUUGAUUGAGGUGUAAUAACAAAUUAGGGUGUUGGACUGAAAGCCAAGUGGAACAUGCUGCCUUUUUUUUUUUUUUGUAAUAAAACAUGCAUACUUUUUUUUUUUUUUUUUAAACAACUCAUACCCUGCUCUUUGUAAUGCAUUCUUUAAAACAUACUUCUCAAUUGGUAUUCACAAUAAAAUGACAAACAGGCAAAAUGUAUAGAACAA